GAUUAGGCAUUCACAUUCGCUCCUAAAAUGUUCGUUAUUCCUUUCCCUCCACAGACAGUAAACACUAAACAGUAGCAUCAAAGCUAAAAUCUUUAUGGUAACAAGUCACCAUAUUCCCUAUCUUGGUAAAGCAAAGAAUCUUGUUUUAUAAAGCCGACAGGGAAACGGGAACCAUCCUGCAUUUCCUCGUCAUACAUACUUCACUUCCCGAUUUCUUCUUCUUCUCCGCUCUCAAUCGGUUUUCUAAGUUUCGAACCCUGAAAAUGGUUGAUGUGCUUGUUUCCACACUGCUAGAAAAGUUGGCUUCAACAACUUAUCAAUAUGUAGCGGACGAGGUGAAACUCGUUCUGAACGUUAAGAAAGAAGUUGAAGAGUUCACUAGCAACCUGGAAGCUAUUGAAUCUGUGCUUGAGGAUGCAGAGCAUAGGCAAAUCAAGGAGGCCAACGUGCAAAACUGGCUGGACAACCUAAAGGAAAUAUCGUACCAGAUGGUGGACGUGCUGGAUGAGUGGAAUACUGAGAUUCUGAGACAACAGGUUGAGAAACAAGAAAGAGAAGGUGUAACUCGUAUUGCUUCUCAGAGAAAGAAUGAUCUUUUCCUUUCGUUAAUUGCGCCAAGAGUUUGGUUUACGAGCACAAGUAGACCCAGUGGGAGUCGUGUUACGAGAAACUGGGCUUGGAUUCAAAACCUAUUACUGAAUGCUACAGCAGUGGACAUGCAUGGUAAAGAGGACUACGAAAACUUUCUGAGCUAUGUCUGCAAUGCCUGUAACGGCACCACUGCGCUCAAGGCUUGCAGUAGAUUUUCCCUCAGUACCAUCCAAAACGAAAGUUCGAAAUCUACGCGUUCAGUUGGCUACAACGAGGGAAAUAUGGCAGCAGUAAGAGGAAGAAUAGGAUCGACCAUAACAUCGUGGAUCCGUCAAAUGAACCUGGCAAUUUUGAUAUGGACGUUUAUGGUGUAAUAGCUUGAAGUUCAUGUAGCUUGUUCAUAUUUCCCGUUUCCAGUGGAGUGCAGAUGCUUGUGAGUUGGUUGGUGCUGAACUAAGACACUGUGCCGGGAAUUUGUUUUUCGCAUUACUAUUCUCAAUUAAUAUACAGGAAUAGAAAUAUGUAGUGUAAAAGAAUGUCUGUUUAUUUAAUUUGAAUUUAUAACACAGUAGAUUUUAAUAUUGAAUUUUUUUUUUAAAGUUGGAGAGCAAUUUGUAUGUCACGAGUACUUUGUUAUUGGUGACGUCUGGUAUCAAUCAAAUCUUCAUAUUAACUCUUAAAAUCA